AUGGAGGAGACUAGAGCAAAUACCAAAAACACCAAUGCUUCUAUUAGGAACUUGGAGAAUCAAAUUGGCCAACUGGCUAAGCAAUUUACAGAAAGAGCUCCAGGUACCUUCCCUAGCAAUACAGUUACCAACCCCAAGGAAGAUUGUAUGGUUGUCACAACUAGAAGUGGUAAGGUGGUAGCAGCUUCAGAAAAGCCAAGCACAAUUGUAGAAGCUGAUGAGAAGCUUAAGGAGGUAAAGGAGACAGAAAAAGAAGUGAUAAUUCCUUCUGAUGUUGAGAAAACUGUUCAGAAAGGUGAGGAAGAAGAGCCACCUAUUGUUACUGAAAGGAAGAAAUUUGAGUUGAAUCCGGAAUAUGUGAGAGCCGUGGCACCUUAUCCAGAACGAUUCAAGAAGGAUGCUCAAAAGCAGCAAUAUGCAAGAUUUCUUGAUAUCUUCAAGAAGUUGCAUGAAUGCCAGACAGUCACACUCACUGAGGAGUGUAGUGCCAUCAUACAGAAGAAGUUUCCACCCAAACUCAAUGAUCCAGGUAGCUUCAAUAUUCGCAUUGCUAUUGGUAAUACUGAUGUUGGUAGGGCAUUGUGUGAUCUUGGGGAAAACAUUAACCUGAUGUCGUUAUCUGUUUGCAAAUCUCUGGGAAUUACUGAAUUAAAACCCACUAUGGUUUCGCUUCAACUCGCUGAUAGAUCUUUGAGGAGACCGAGUGGAAUUAUUGAAGAUGUUCUUGUUAAAGUGGACAAGUUCAUCUUCCCAGCAGUUUUUGUAGUGUUAGACAUGGAAUAG